AUACUUGCGGCAUGUAGAGCUGACUUUUCUUCCUUUAAUUCUUCAUUCAUUACCAAUAAAUAUACCGGCGGCGAUCGACUUGUAGAGCUGACUUUUCUACCUUUAGUUCCUCAUGAAUGGAGAAUAAAUAUCACCAAUGUAGAUAAAAUAUUGAAAGAAGUGUGGUUGUAUGCAUGAAUCGAGUAAUGGAUUUUUCUUUAUUAUUUUGUGUAAUAAGCAGCAUUUCCAUUACUAUUAUAGCUACAACAGAAGCAACACGUAUAUUGUGUCCAAUUGAAAGUUUGUUCCAAUUCGGAGAUUCCAUCUCAGAUACGGGGAAUGUAGCGCGACUCCUUCCUGUGGGUCCCACUCUUCCCGCCUCGAAGCCGCCAUACGGCGAAACUUUUCCCGGCAGACCGACCGGCCGUUGGUCUGAUGGCAGACUCAUCAUAGACUAUACAGCUAUGACUCUUGGGCUUCCCUUAUUGAACCCCUAUUUAGACAAGAAUGCCUCAUUUAGAAAUGGAGUCAAUUUUGCGGCUGCUGGAGCUACGGCGCUUAACUCUUCUUUCUUUGUUUCAAGGGGAAUUCUUGUACCUAAUGUUGAUUCAUUGGACCUUCAAUUACGUUCCUUUCGUACAUACCUCGCCUCAAUUUGCUCUGUCCCACGAGAAUGUGGUGAUUAUCUAAGACGAGCUCUGAUUUUGGUGGGUGAGAUUGGAGGAAAUGACAUCAACUAUCCAUUAGCACAAGGCAAAUCCCUUGAAGAAAUCCGGACUUACGUGCCUUUCAUAAAUCAAGCUAUUUCUAAUGCCACAAGAGAAAUUAUUCGAGCUGGCGCCUCACGAGUGGUGGUUCCUGGAAAUUUUCCUAUUGGAUGUUUUCCCUUCGCCCUUGCUGCUUUUGCUAGCAACGACUCUACAACUUACGAUGAACUUGGUUGUGUAAGAAGUGCCAACAAUCUCGUAGUUUAUCAAAAUAAGAACUUACAAGCUGUAUUAGAUACUCUCAGAAGGGAAUUUCCCAGUGUAGUCAUAAUCUAUGCAGACUACUACAAUGCUUUCCUAAAAACUUUUCGCCUAGCGCCCUUCUUCGGAUUUGAUCGAACAACUCUACUAAAACCGUGUUGUAGAAGCAGACAAUUCAAUCCUUUCAGUCCCCAAUUUUGUGGUAAUCCGAAUGUGUCAGUUUGUCCAAACCCGCAACAAUAUAUACAUUGGGAUGGUUUGCAUUUGACACAAAAAGCUUAUCAUUGUAUCUCCCAAAUUGUGAUACCUUACAUUCUCUCCACAAUUUUAUGCUAACGAUAUGAAUUACACAUUUGAAAAUUAAUGUGUACUAUAUAAAUAUGUAUUUGAAUAAGACUAGUUAUAUAGGAGCAAAUCUGUAGAAUGAUGAUGGAGAAAUACGAGUACCAAUAUGAUUGGGAAUAAUAUACGUCAUAGGCUUAUGAUUCAA